AUGACCCACGAAAGUGAUUUCACCGAUAGCGAGGUGCAAGCGGAUAUCCAGGUUCGUACACGUCGUGUCAGCGAAGUGACAAAACCGGGAACGAGAAAAAAGUUGAAAUGGCAUCAACUGCUCAGUGUGGACUAUGUGCUUCAGUAUGUGUGCACCCUCAUAUGGGUCUCCUUUUUCAUGUUUAUGGCCCUCAGUAGCUGGAUGUUAUGGUUCACUCUUGUUGCAUGGCUUCUGCUUCAGUUGCCUCACAUGUACACAAUAUACACGGCGUCCAGAAGGGAAGGUUCUGACGUAUCAGAGAUGGAGUUCGAUCGGGUUACCUUUCGAUUCAUCGCUGUACUGAUCUGUUUUCUAGCUUAUCAGAUUCAUUGGAUUCUGGACCGGAAGUCUGAGGAACGUGGAUCACAUCCGAAACCAUGGGUUCGAAAGCUGGUUAUAUGGGGGUACUUGCGCCGAUAUUUCCCCAUAAAUAUGAUUCUAUCAGAUGAGAUUCGUUUGCAACAACAACAGCCCAAACAGAACCAACAGACUGAUGACACGCUACAAGAGAUUACUUGCAAUCCAAUCCUGUUCCCGGCGGAUCAAAACUAUUUGGUCGGUUAUCACCCACAUGGGAUUUUCGGUGUUGGAGCAUUUGUGAAUUUCGGCACCGAGGCUACCGGUUUCUCCAGAAAGUUUCCUCAGCUUACACCCUGGUUAACCACUUUGGAAAUCAAUUUCAAAGCACCAAUUCAUAGAGAUCUAUUACAAUCUUUCAGUGCGUCAUAUGAGCCUCUAGUCAAAUGUACACAUAUAGUUAGUGCGACGUACGCAGGCAUUUCCUAUUUGCUGGACCCGAAUAAAUGUGGGAAACGCGGUAACAUGGUGAUCGUGGUUUUGGGAGGUGCCCCGGAAGCUCUGGACUCACGGCCAGGAAAAUAUGUGUUUCACACGAACCGGCGAUAUGGAUUUUUCAAGCUGGCACUUAUGACCGGUUCGGCGCUUGUACCUUGUAUCUCAUUUGGAGAACCGAAUAUGUACCACCAAGUUGAAAACCCGCCCGGUUGCCGACUUCGCAGUUGGCAAGAUCGCUUCACAGAAAUGGCCACAUUUUCUCCACCGAUUUUUUAUGCUCGUAUGUUGGUUCCGUACCGAACACCUAUCAAUACUGUAGUCGGUGCGCCCAUUCCAGUACCGUUGGUAGAGAAACCCUCAAGGGAACAAGUGGCCAAUUUGAAAGAGCUUUAUUUGGAAAAUUUGAACAAACUCUUCCAGAAAUAUAAACCCAUCUACGAUCCCGAUGCGGACGAAGUUGAAUUCUUUUAA